CUUUCGCUCUUUCUCUCAACCUCUAGCUGUCUCCCUCCGCAUACUGCCAUCUCUUUCUUCUUCUUUUUCUUAUUUUAUUCUUUUUUUCAAUUUCCAUCUCUUUCUCUCAAGUCUAAACCCUAGUCUCUCAUCUCAUUGUACUGAAUUUGAGCAGCUAGGGUUUAGAAUUGUUUUCCUUUUUAAAAUUUUUUGAUUAAAAAAAUGGAUCUUCCCAGUCUUACUCUUGUUCUUCAAGCUGCUCUUAGUUCCAAUCCUGCUGAACGCAAAGCUGCUGAACAAAGUCUUAAUCAGUUCCAGUAUAUGCCUCAGCAUCUGGUGAGACUAUUGCAGAUCAUCGUUGAUAAUAAUCGCGAUAUCGCGGUUCGUCAAUUUGCUUCUAUUCAUUUUAAGAACUUCAUUGCUAAGAAUUGGGCUCCUCAUGAUCCAAAUGAGCAACAAAAAAUUUCUCCAAGUGAUAAGGAUGUGGUUCGCGAUAAUAUUCUUGUGUAUGUGGCUGAAGUUCCUCCUUUGUUGAGGGUGCAAUUGGGUGAGUGUCUCAAGACCAUUAUCAACGCUGACUAUCCGGAGCAUUGGCUGCGUCUUCUCGACUGGGUAAAGCAUAACCUACAAGAUCAGCUGGUUUAUGGGGCUUUGUUUGUGUUGCGGAUUCUUGCUAGGAAAUAUGAGUUCAAGUCGGAGGAGGAGAGAACUCCUGUUCAACACAUUGUUGAAGAGACAUUUCCUCAUCUUCUCAAUAUAUUUAAUAAACUUGUGCAGAUUGACAAACCAUCAGUGGAAGUAGCAGAUCUGAUCAAGCUUAUUUGCAAAAUUUUCUGGUCAUCAAUCUAUUUGGAGAUUCCAAAGCAGUUACUUGAUCCAAAUGUGUUCAAUGCUUGGAUGAUGCUUUUCUUAAAUGUUCUGGAGAGGCCUGUACCUCAGGAAGGCCAGCCUUUAGAUCCUGAGCUCAGGAAAUCAUGGGGGUGGUGGAAGGUGAAGAAAUGGACCGUACAUAUUUUAAAUAGGUUAUUCACUCGGUUUGGAGAUUUGAAGCUUAGGAAUCCAGAAAACAGGGCUUUUGCUCAAAUGUUUCAGAAGAAUUAUGCAGGAAAAGUUUUGGAAUGCCACUUAAAUUUAUUGGGAGUUGUUCGUGUUGGAGGCUAUCUUCCUGACAGAGUUACCAACCUUGUUCUUCAAUAUCUAAGCAGCAGCAUCUCGAAGAAUAGCAUGUAUACUUUGUUGCAGCCACAGCUUGAUGUCCUCCUUUUCGAAAUAGUUUUCCCUCUCAUGUGCUUCAAUGACAACGAUCAAAAGCUUUGGGAAGAAGAUCCACAUGAGUAUGUAAGGAAGGGCUACGAUAUAAUUGAAGAUUUAUAUAGUCCAAGGACCGCUUCCAUGGAUUUUGUCAGUGAGUUAGUAAGAAAACGUGGAAAAGAGAAUCUUCAAAAGUUUAUUCAAUUCAUUGUGGAAAUUUUCAAGAGAUAUGAUUCAGCACCAGUAGAAUAUAAACCCUAUCAACAGAAAGAUGGUGCCCUCCUUGCUGUUGGAGCACUUUGUGAUAAACUGAAACAAACUGAGCCCUACAAAUCUGAGUUGGAGCAUAUGUUGAUGCAACAUGUUUUUCCAGAGUUCCGAAGUCCUGUUGGUCAUCUUAGAGCGAAGGCUGCAUGGGUAGCAGGACAGUAUGCCCAUAUAAAUUUCUCUGACCAGAAUAAUUUCCGCCAAGCACUGCAUAGUAUUGUUUCCGGGUUGCGUGAUGCAGAGCUUCCUGUUCGUGUUGAUUCAGUUUUUGCAUUAAGAUCGUUUGUAGAAGCUUGCAGAGAUUUAAAUGAGAUUCGUCCUAUUCUUCCUCAAUUACUUGAUGAGAUCUUUAAACUUAUGAACGAAGUUGAGAAUGAGGACCUUGUUUUUACUCUGGAGACUAUUGUUGACAAGUUUGGAGAGGAGAUGGCGCCUUAUGCUCUUGGUUUAUGUCAGAAUUUGGCAGCUGCGUUCUGGAGGUGUAUGAACACUGCAGAAGCUGAUGAUGAAGCCGAUGAUCCUGGUGCUCUGGCUGCAGUUGGUUGUUUGCGUGCCAUAAGCACGAUACUUGAAUCAGUUAGUAGGCUUCCACACCUUUUUGUUCAGGUGGAGCCAACUUUGCUUCCAAUCAUGCGAAGAAUGUUGACAACUGAUGGACAAGAGGUUUUUGAAGAAGUCUUGGAGAUUGUUUCAUACAUGACCUUCUUUUCUCCAACUAUUUCAUUGGAUAUGUGGAGCCUUUGGCCUUUGAUGAUCGAAGCAUUAGCUGAUUGGGCUAUAGACUUCUUUCCAAAUAUUUUGGUUCCUUUGGACAACUAUAUAUCCAGGGGAACUGCUCAUUUUCUUAAUUGCAAGGAACCAGACUACCAGCAAAGUCUUUGGAAUAUGAUUUCUUCUAUCAUGACAGAUAAAAAUUUAGAGGACAACGACAUUGAGCCAGCUCCAAAGCUGAUAGAAGUAUUGUUUCAAAACUGUGGAGGGCAAGUAGAUCAUUGGGUUGAACCAUACCUGAGAAUCACACUUGAUCGAUUGCGUCGAACAGAGAAAUCAAGGUUGAAAUGUCUUCUUGUACAAGUGAUUGCCAAUGCAGUAUAUUAUAAUGCGGUUUUGACACUCAGCAUAUUGAACAAGUUUUGUGUUACAUUGGAAGUGUUCAACCUUUGGUUUCAGUUGUUGCAGCAAGUUAGGAGGAGUGGUCGACGGGUUAAUUUUAAGCGGGAACAUGAUAAGAAAGUUUGCUGCCUGGGCCUUACUUCACUGCUUGCACUUCCUGGUGAACAGUUAGAUGGGGAGGCUCUUGGACGUGUGUUCAGGGCCACCCUUGAUCUCCUUGUUGCAUACAAGGAUCAAGUUGCAGAAGCUGCAAAGGAGGAAGAGGCUGAAGAUGAUGAUGGUAUGGAUGGUUUUGAGUCUGAUGAUGACGACGACGACGAUGCUGAUGGUUCUGACAAGGAAAUGGGAGUUGAUGCAGAGGAGGGCGAUGAAGCGGAUAGCAUCAGGCUUCAAAAAUUAGCUGCACAGGCUAAGGCUUUCCAUGAAAAUGAUGAUGAUGACGAUGAUGACUACUCCGAUGAUGAUUUUAGUGAUGAUGAGGAGUUACAGUCUCCAAUUGAUGAAGUGGACCCUUUUGUUUUCUUUGUGGAUACAGUCAAAGUUUUGCAAGUAUCGGAUCCUAUGAGGUUCCAGAACCUUACACAGACACUGGAUUUUCAUUAUCAAGCUCUUGCGAACGGUGUUGCUCAGCAUGCUGAACAGAGGAGAGCAGAGAUUGGAAAGGAGAAAAUGGAGAAGGCAUCUGCUGCCACUGUUGCAUCAUGAGUUGAGUUUUGGAUUAAAAUUUGAGUUUCAUUCAUUUAGAAGUGGUUUGAUGAAAGUCUCAUUUCAUUUACAGCAUUCAUUGGUUCAUAUGGUCGUAGAGUUGAUUGAACCUCAUAAGGUUGAGGUUCAAGUGCACAUAGUUUGUGAUUUUGGUUUGGUGAGACUGGCAGAUUCUUGGGCAGAAGAUGCCCGUCUCAACCACUUUCUUGUUCAUUUCUUUUCACCAGCCGCUCUUUUCCAUUAUUUCUUCACGUUUUGUCAAUUUAUUGGUUAAGGUUUUCCCAGAUUUGUUGUUUCUGGGAGGCCGAUCUUCUUUCAGGGAGUGUCAAUUGCGUAGUAUAUCAGAUGGUUUUUCUUUUUCAUUUUUCUUUUUGAUGAUAUUGGUCAACUGGUAGUCUACCCCCCCCCCCCAAAAAAAAAAAAAAAUCCUUUCUGAUUUUCCUUGUUAGGUAUAGUUUUACCAAUAUCAUAAAAUAUUAUUAUUAUUUUGGUUUGGGUUACGGAGAGUUUUGGUUUCAGAGGGUUUAUAGGUUGAUGAUUUGUAAGGAAGAUAUAAUGACAUUUAUUCUUUAUAUUGUGGAAUAUAUUAUUUUUCAUGAAAAGAAAUUUAGAUUUUA